AUGAAGAUUGAGCUUGUGUUCAUACCAUCGCCGGGAAUUGGUCAUCUCAGGUCAACCGUCGAGCUAGCUAAGCAAAUCGUCACCACCGACAAUCGCCUUUCGAUUACCGUAAUCAUUAUACCUCACGCUUCCGGUGGAGACGUCGGUGGCAAUAAUAUCUCAUCUCUCUUCACCACCACCACGUCCCAUGGCGAUCGUCUCCGUUACGUCACCAUCUCCGUCGCUGAUCAAACAACCGCCGAUCGGCAACCGACUCAGAUCUACAUCGGGAAUCAAAAGCCGCAAGUAAGAGAUGCGGUUUCAAAACUCGCCGAUCCAAAAACGCGGCGGCUGGCCGGAUUCGUCAUCGACAUGUUCUGUAUCUCGAUGAUGGAUCUAGCUGACGAGUUCGGAGUUCGGAGUUACAUGUUCUACACGUCGAACGCUGCGUUUCUCGGAAUCACGCUUCAUCUCCAGCUCAUGUACGACGAGAAAAACGAUGAGAUGAUGAGCGAGUUGGAUUUGGGUGAUGACUCGGUCGACGAGUUGGUGUUUCCGUGUUUGACUCGUCCAUAUCCUGUGAAAUGUCUGCCACGUGUCUUCCUUUCGAAGCAGUGGCUACCUUUCUAUCUAGCUCAAGCGAGAAAGUUCAGAGAACUCAAGGGUAUUUUGGUAAAUACAGUUGCUGAGCUGGAGCCUCACGCUUUGAAACUCUUUUCCGAUGAUCUUCUUGUAGAACCAAGAAUUUUUACUAUAAGGCAAACUGACCAAUUCUUAAUAUAA